AUGCGAACGCUGGCCACUGUUUAUCAAGGAGACAAAGAUUUGAGGAAGCACAUGUCGAAGGGAAACUGCUGGGAAAUGCAGAAACACGAGCUCCUCUACAUGAAACAGUUCAUUGAUUCGUACAAGGGCAAACCAAAAUUCGGUAUCAACUGGAGCAACACUCUAACGCACGACGAUGCAAAUUUACUGUUCCAUGCUGACGAAGAUUUUCUUACAUUCUUUCAAGAAAACCAGAAAAAGCUCGAGAAUUCUUUUAUUAUACUCGUUGGAGAUCAUGGAAUGCGAUUCGGAUCGGUAUCUCAGACAACGCUUGGAAAACGAGAGAUCAAGAAUCCGCUUCUGCAAAUCACCGUGCCAAA